UUAGCCUUAAAACAUUAGAUUUAUGGCACAGCUUGUCCUUGUGCAUUUACUGUAUGUGUGUUUAUGCAUGCACUUUAAAGCUGUUCAAUUCUGUUGAGAAGAAUGAGGACGGAGGAUUAAGAGACUUUAGUUGUGUAGUUCAGAUAGCGGUUGCACAUUUACUCUUCCGUAUACAACACUGACCUCCACCUCUUUCUCUUAAACACAGAUUACUGUGCUUUAUUAAUCUUAUAGCACCAACGAGUGCUGUCUGCUAAACCAUUUGUUCAUCACACUAAAACAUCAUCAUUUGUCUAACUUAAAAUCUAACUUCAACUGUCCUCUAUCCACAUAGGUGAAGUGUUAGGAGUGCAAAAAAGGGAUGAGAGGAAGGUAGAGGUGUGCAUAAAGAGGGAGGUGGGAGUUCGAAAGGAUGGGAGGGUUAGUGUGCAUGAAUCCUGAUGGUCCUCUGGCAGACUGACCAAAGCUGAAUUGAUUCGCUCCUCCCGUAUAAACAGAGAGCAACAGGAACAAAAGAGGCUUAAGACUGAAAAGCAAGCAUUUCACUUUGAGAUUAAGAGACAGUGGCAGACUGAAAAGACACAGAAGAGGUGGACUGACAGAGGAAGGUGAGUGAAAAACUUUCACUUUGUUCUUUGCUCAGAUGUGCCUCUGUGACAAUAUUUCAUUUGACAUUCUCAUUUAAAGCUGAAUUGUACUUAUGCAGAUGUGUUUUUUCCCCAUAUAAGUUGGAAUUUCAUGUAAGUCCAAUAUUUUAUAGUUUUUUUUUUCUCUGGGUAUAGCAGCAUCAUUAUGUCUCAGUCUUUCUCUUUUCCUUUCUGUCUGUCUCCCUGUUAUUAGUAAAUAUCUAAGAGAAUGAAUGGCUCGUGGAUGGGGUCUAUCUCUGUCCCGUCCUCCAUCCCUCAUGCCUUCCACUCACAGCUCUCUUCAUCCACUGACCUCAGCAUAGCCAUCUUACUCAUCAUCGCAGGUGCGGUGUCGGUGUUUGGGAAUGGGCUGGUGUUGUUAGUUUACGGACAGAGGAGAAAGAAGCUCAGAGCGCACGAGCUGAUGACCAUCAAUCUGGCCGUUUGUGAUUUUGGCUACAGCCUGCUGGGGGCGCCAUGCAUCAUCAUCUCAAGUAUGUCGCAUGCAUGGAUUUUCGGGGAAACAGGAUGUAUGUGGUACGGGUUUCAGGGCUUUGUUUUUGGCGUUGGGUCUCUCAUCACUACCUGCCUUAUCUCCCUCGACCGCUGCUUCAAGAUCUGUAGCUUUCAAUAUGGUCAGUGGAUUGAGAGAAAACAUGCCUCUCUGUCUGUGGCUCUGGUAUGGAUCUAUACAUUAUUCUGGGCCUCACUACCUGUGGUUGGCUUUGGUAGUUACGGCCCGGAACCGUUUGGAACCAGCUGCACCAUAAACUGGUGGAGAAUGAAGUCUUCACUCAAAGAUAGAGUCUAUAUUUACCUGAUCAUGUCACUCUGCUUUGGAGUUCCCACCAUCACUAUCAUCACUUCAUACCUCGCUAUACUCAUCAAGGUGUAUCGGUCUGGUCGCAUAUUGGCUUCAAUCCCUUCAUCCAAUGUCACUCACAACAGCAAAGAUCUCCGGCUGACAAAGAUAGCAGCAGUGGUGUGUUCCUCAUUUCUGAUUGCCUGGACUCCCUAUGCGAUCGUUUCUCUCUACUCCGCUCUGACUGCUAGAGAGGAGCACACUGGAGAAGACGGAGGGACCGUUCUCGCGGGUGGAAUGUCAGCAGCAGGGGUCGGCCAUGGCGGAGGGUUGUCUGACGUCUUUGGUUUUCCCUUCCUCAUUAACUGGACCUCUUCAGAACACUUCGGGGAUGCUUUUGGCUCCUGGAGGAAUAUGACUUCUGAUCAUUCCCAUCAUUCAGUAGGGCAUCAUGGAACAAGUUCAACUGUGGGUUCUGCACAUGGAGGAAUGAAUGGACAUCAAUCACAUCUUGUGUCCAUCCUGAAGCCAGAGGUCUCACUCAUUCCGGCUAUUUUAGCCAAGUCACACUGCAUGAUAAACCCCUUCAUCUAUCAGAUCAUGAACCGUGACUUCAGGGAGGACGUCUAUGAUCUCCUGUGUCUGAGAGGAAAAGAUGGAGAGAGGAGGAGAACAAGGAGCACAGAUGGCAGUGAUUCUGAUGGGUAUCGUGGAAGCGUCACUCUCUCUUAUAUUCACAGCUGGGGGAGAAGAAGCACAGCUACCAGUCAGUCGUCUGGGGAGCGUGUGAAGAAAGAUUCCUCACGGAAGAGUAGAGGCAGUAGAGGGAGCCGAGGGAGUAGAGGUCAGAGAGGGUUCUGUCAGGACAGUACAGCAGUCGGGUUGGCCACCUUGGAUACUACAACCUUAGAUACGCAGGCCAACUUAGAAAGAGAGAGAGGGAAGGAGGUGGAAAGAGAGAUGAAAAAAGAAUUUAGAGAACCCACCUCUAACAGCUUGCUGACGGGUGACGAGUGAUGAUUUCUGUCUAAAAUAGACAUAGGCAUAAUGCGGUUAGUUAGCUCAAAACAUCUGUUGUUUUAGUUAAGAAAACAAAACAAAACAGUGUUUCUUUUUUCCUUUAGUGUCAUCCAGUGUGUGAUUUUGCACCUAUCCAGUCUCACACUGAUGCGACACAUGAGGCUCUAGUUAGGAUUUUCAUAUUGAUUUUGUCCUUGUGUGUUUAUAACUGGAUCCUGUGUAUUUCUUUAUUUAUUAAUAUAUAUUGUGUAUCUAUAUAUUUAAUGGAUUUACUUAUUGUAUUUAAGUUUUUACAUAUUUAGAGAGCACAAUCCAGUCCUAAGUAUUUCAAACAACUAUUUCUGA